CUUUAAAGAAGGCAUCGUAAUCAACUUCAUAUUUCGCGUUUUAUGGAUCAUUUACUAUCAAUAAUAUAAACAAUUUAAAUCUAAAAGUCUUAUGCUAAAGAUCCGUCAAUACCGGGACCCACCUCUCCGGCCGGUUCGAGGUAACUUUGAAGAGUUUCCCGGACGUCGAGGUCCAUAAAUUACGGCCCCAUAUGCUACACAAAAUCGGCGCAUCUUCCGGGAUUAGGCGAAUAGAAGUAUCGCGAAUCCUCGUCCGCCAACCAAUGAAACUAUGGUGAAUUCCCAGGCCUUGACGCAGUUCGAUCAUAAAAACAAUGGAAAACCAAAGAAAUCCUCAUAUUAAGAGGAUACCAUGGGUGGCCACUAAACAUCCAAGCCCGGUUAUAAUUGGUGACAGCAUGGAUGGCAAUUUGACGAACAAUGUACAGGACAUAGAGCUUCCAUAUAUCUCAGGUCUCCCUGGCAGUUCAUCAGAUAACUCCAUACCCACCGAGAUUCUCACCAGUUCCAUCGUACCAAGGUCGCUGCUUCGUGAUAUAUGGGCCAGUCCUUUACCCCAAAUUGAAGACAUAUCCCACAAACCAAAAACAGAAACUCUGGGGGGCACGUCAUCUUCGGUGGCUAACGGCUCUGCGGAAGGACCCGAUAUUCCAUCCAAUACUAAUAACGGCCAUAAUAUCAGCGCUGUAGCUCAGACCAACGACUUGGACGCUAUUAAUUCAUAUGGAAUAGGCCAAUACCAGAGCUCCGUUACAAAUCAUGUAUCGAUACCUUCAAACAGGUUGCUACUUGCCCCACGACAAGACAAAGGAUCAGUGCUUGUUAAUGCUGAAGAGCAUAUAACAUGCGAGCGAGACACCAAACCUUCCGGGCCGAUAAGUAAAGUGUGGAACGUUCCUCGUAGAACGCGAAAUCGAAAACGUCGAUCAAACGAUCACGAAAAUGUUACUCCUCAUUUAGAUCAAGGUAGUCAAACAGGACGUCGCGGCGCACGAUCCGGAAACCAGCCUCGUCUUCGAGGAGCAUUUACAGAUGAUGCACUGCGGGGGAUGACGGCUUGGACCAGAGAGCUUAAGUCAUGUAUUCGCUGUAGAAUGCAGAGGAAUAGGUGCCGUCCUGACGACGGAAACCCAAGUGGACCAUGCCUAACCUGCCUCGAGUUGUCUAGCCGCAAAAUCUCUCAGUUGCCUUGCCUCAGGUGGAUCAUCACCGAUGCAUGCAUAUACCGCGAACAAUCCGCUCCAUAUCAAGGCUUCACCAAAAGGUGGCAGUCAAUGGAUAUAGUUGAUAUUCAGGAUUGGGCCUCAGAUGAGGUUAAAACAAUCCACGUUUCCCAGGCUUUUCUCAAUGCCCCCUAUACUAUCGAGGUGAGGGAAUUCAUUCCUCAGGAGGGAGACUUAAUCGAGGAAAAGUGGACGGUUGAUGGUGAGAUAAAAAGACACCAAGUACCGCGAUACGCUCUUGUGAAUAUGGAGAAACAUGCGGAAGAUCUUCUAUCAUUCAUCAACAAGAACGUAGGGCUGUACAUCAUUGGAGCGGUUGACAAGGAGGAUGAUCUUAUAUGGCAGACUUAUUACACUGCGUUCAAACACGCCAACGGAGCCAAGACAGUAGAAGAACGCGUUGUCCUACUGAAUUUGUUUCGGCUUUGGGUAGCUCUAUAUAAAACCAGCAAUAUUCAUCACAUCUGCGGAGAUGAUAAGCUGGGAUGUGAGCCCAUAACCGAUCCACAAAGUCCAUGGUUUAAUCUCGUCCCCAUACCUGCUGUCAUCAUUGCCCAAAAAGAAUGCAUUAUAUAUACGAAGAUAUUCCAGCCACUGAGCAAGAAGAUCCUCCGCGAUCUCCAGCAUUUAGUACUAUCCAAUAAGCGGCAAUAUUGGUUGACAAUCUAUCUGACGAUUUUCAUCCUCAUGCACAGUUGUGCCAUGAUCACUCGGCGCGAUGAGGAAACAGCGAGACAAUACAACCUAAAGGAACGAUUCGCCAAUCCAAUUGGCAUCUCCGCUCACCAUAUCGCCGCUCAAAUCAUGCUCGCCCAUUUCAAUUAUAUCAAUUCCGGCUUUCGACCAUUCCAAAUUGUGCUCGAGCCUUUCGGUCCCGAGAAGCUAAAGGAAGCUGGCCAUCUGACUGACGAACAAGCCGAAUUUGUGCGCUCCACAGCGUUGUGGGUUAGGAAUAAUGAUGGUCUGCUGCAGAAAAUACGGGAAGAUAAUAAUUCAGGUCAUACCUACUAUUGGAUUUCCCAGAUUUACCAAGAAAUCUGGAAGCCGGGUCCAAUAGGAUAACUCUGCUACCACAUACUCACAGUUUCUAAGUCAUUGGGAGAUAGGUAGGUAAUUAUUAAGCAACACUCCCACGGUAGGCGACUUAUCGGGAACCCAAGUCGUGAUAAUAUUUACCAAGGUCUGGACAUGAGGGGCAAAGUCAACAGGGAAUUUUCAGCACAACCUAAAAAGAAAAAUCAUGAUAAUCAUAAAGUCAUAGGUACCUAAAUAUAUAUUCCACGUAUUGCGAUGUCUUUCCUUCACCUUCUUGACAUCCAACCUAGUGUCCAGAAAAUUAGACUUAGAUAAAAAGUUACUCCAAGAGAAAGAACAGGAGUCAAAUAGGAAAUCCUAAAGAAGCACUCAUUACCUA